AUGUGGUUACUGCCUACAAUCCUUUACGUACUAUAUGUCGAAACGUACCAACAAGACAUAGUAAUACCUCCUAUCUUAAUGAGGUCUCGCUCCAGGCAUGCCGCGGGUUAUCCAACUGGGAUCAACGUGAACUUGUUGUCAUCGAGGUACAACGGGCGUCCAAAUGAUAUGUUCGACCCAUACAGUCCGCCAAGCCACUAUUCUGCACCACACCGAGAAGACAGACCUUCCGAGGAUUUAGCAAGACUAAACUAUUUGGUUGGAAAACACGAAAGAUACAUGAAUGGGCUUGUGAAAUCACGCGGUGUAUCAUAUGAAGAUGACGAUAUUUCUUCCUAUAGAAAUGGGAAACAAUUGUUCUCAGAUGAAGAUGAUAGAGAUAAUCUUCAUCAACCGAAGGCUGCGACUGACGAUCACUCAUAUUACGACGACCUUGAUCUGGUUGAACACUUCGGGAACUAUUUAAUACAAAAAACGGAAAUAAAUUCGCCUUCGGAUGAAGACGCGGGUCGCCAAUACAACGCGCUGCUGAUCGUUUUGAUUGCUUUAGCGAAGAUCAUAAAGAACACUUGUACUGAUGUCGAAGGGGUGUACGAUAUGGUGUAUUUGCCAACGGUAGAGAAGUUCUACUCGUAUGGACUCAAAAAUGCUGAUAAAGUUCUCAACGGCAUUGAGGAGUAUAUUCGAAGAGGAAAUGCACGUAUUCCAAAGCUACUGAAACUGAAGAAAGAAAAAUGUGAAGAACAUUCUUCAUGUGCCGCAGCAGUGAACGAGGAUGUCAGAAACAACUUCAUAAUCUACUCGAAGGAGAUAGAAAUGUUGGAAUCCAUCGUUUACUUAGCACAAAGUUUCCGUGAUUUCAGGAAAGAAUUCAGUAACGCAGCUACAACGGGAUCUGUAUUACCUUACCUUCAAAAUAACAAAGAUAGGAUUAGGGAAUAUAUCUGGAACGUUGUAAGUAGCAUAGACCAUAUAAACGGCAAAGUUAUUAAGUGCCCUUGA